CACGGAUGAAGAUGUGGGACAAGACAAGUCGGGGACAAGUCCGAGCCUAGGGUUAGGGAUGAGGUCAUAUGCCCUGCGCGCGGCCAGGCGUGGCCCGUUCGACGUCGUCCUCGCCGGACAGCGUUCCCCCUCCCACACCCGCCAUGGCCACCCCCCGACUGGCCUUUGCCGCCCUCAGACUAUCCGCCACCUCCCCACCCAACGCCAGACUCGUCGCCAAGACGGCCAUCGCCUACAGGAUGGCUAGCACGUCCGCAGCGAGCUUCGCCCUGAAGGAUGCCUCGCUCAUCCACAACCACGGCUACAUCGACGGAAAGUGGGUCGACGCCCACGAUGGCGCAGUCAUCAAAGUAACGAACCCUGCGACGGAGGAAGAACUGGGCACAGUCCCCGAGAUGGGCCUCGCUGAGACGAAGCAGGCCAUCGCCGCCGCGUCGCGCGCAUUCAAGUCGUGGGGCAAGACAACUGCAAAGCAACGACACGAUAUUCUCAUGAAGUUCUACGCGCUGAUGCAGGAGAACACGGAGGACCUCGCCCGUAUCAUCACUUUGGAGAACGGGAAGCCCCUUGCGGAGGCAAAGGGCGAGCAUGCAUACUCCUCGUCCUUCAUUGAGUGGUUCGCUGAGGAAGCAAUCCGCACAUACGGAGAGGUAGUCCCAUCAGCGUUCCCGCACAUCCGCAACGUCGUCAUCAAGCAACCCAUCGGUGUCGUGUCCAUCCUCACACCAUGGAACUUCCCCUCCGCCAUGAUCACCCGCAAGCUCGGCGCCGCCCUCGCAGCCGGGUGCACCACCGUGAUCAAGCCCCCGCCGGAGACGCCCUUCUCCGCUUUGGCCCUUACUGAGCUCGCGACGCGCGCAGGCGUCCCGCCAGGCGUGAUCAACGUCGUGACGACGCAAGCGAACGUCGCGGACGUUGGGCGCGAGAUGUGUGAGAACGAUGCGGUCCGGAAGGUCACGUUCACCGGGAGCACGCCCGUGGCGAAGAUGCUGUACGGCAUGGCCGCGAAGGGCAUGAAGAAGAUGUCGAUCGAGGCGGGCGGGAACGCGCCGUUCAUCGUGUUUGACGAUGCGGAUAUCCCGGCGGCCGUCGAGGGUGCUAUUGCGUGCAAGUUCCGCGGGACCGGCCAGACCUGCGUGUGCGCGAACCGGAUAUACGUGCAGGACUCUGUGUAUGCGGACUUCGCCUCGCGGCUCGCCGAGAAGGUCGCCGCAUUCAGGGUCGGGAACGGACUCGAGGACGGGACCACGCACGGGCCCCUGAUCCACGAAAAGGCCAUCGAGAAGGUGCAGCGCCACGUCGAUGACGCGCUCGCGCAGGGCGCGCAGCUGCUCAUGGGCGGGACGCGGCUGCCGGGCAAGGGCGCGUUCUUCCAGCCGACGCUGCUCGCGGACGUGCCGCCGGACGCGCUCGUGAACAGCGAGGAGACGUUCGGGCCGCUCGCGGCGCUCACGCGCUUCGCGACGGAGGACGAGGUGCUCCGCUGGGCGAACGACUCUGCGGUCGGGCUCGCGGGGUACUUCUACUCGCGCGACGUCGGGCGCGUGUGGCGCGUCGCGGAGGCGUUGGAGGUCGGCAUGGUGGGCACGAAUACGGGCUUGAUUAGUCAGGCUGUUAUUCCGUUUGGAGGGGUGAAGGAGAGCGGGCUCGGGCGGGAGGGCGCACACGGCAUCGAGGAGUACAUGAAUGUCAAGUUUGUCGCGUUUGGCGGCCUGUGA